AUGCCGUCCGUAGCCCAAUGGGCCGGUACGCCCUCGAUCAAAGGCUCUAGUGAGAGCGUGCGCAUGGCGCUGCUCACAGCGUCGCUCAUCGGCCUACAGAUAACAUGGAACGUCGAAAUGACCUACUGUACGCCCUACCUCCUCGAGCUAGGCCUCACAAAGUCCCGUAUCUCACUCGUCUGGAUCGCGGGCCCUCUCUCAGGCCUGAUAAUGCAGCCAGUGGUCGGCGUGAUAGCAGACCGCUCGACCUCGCGCCACGGCCGACGACGCCCCUUCAUGGUCGGCUGCACCAUCCUCACAUCCUUGUUUCUGCUGCUGCUCGGCUGGACGAAAGAAGUGGUCGGCCUGUUUGCGAGCGAGAAGGAAGCGGUCAGGAACGCGACGAUAGUACUCGCUGUGUUCAGCAUCUAUGGGAUUGAUUUCGCUAUCAAUGCGGUGCAGGGCAGUUGCAGAGGGUUGAUUGUUGACACGCUGCCCAUUCCCAAACAGCAGGCUGGGAGCAGUUGGGCCAGUCGAAUGGUUGCUGUGGGCAGCCUGAUCGGAUACGGCGCUGGAGCUGUCAAGCUGGAGGCGGUCUUUGGGACAUUGCUGGGAGAUACGCAAUUCAAGCAGCUCACAGUCGUAGCUGCUUUCUGCUUGUGUCUGACCGUGGGUCUUACGAGCUGGGCUGUCACAGAGAGGGUACUCAUUGGGCAUGAUGGAGAUGAGCAGCUGAGCGCCACUAAGGUCUUGAUCGACCUUGCAAAGUCGACCUUCAAUCUGCCAGCGACUAUCAAAACCAUCUGUCAUGUGCAGUUCUGGGCAUGGAUUGGCUGGUUCCCUUUCCUUUUCUACAGUACAACCUGGGUUGGCGAGGUAUACCUCCGUUACGACGCACCUGCCUCCGCAAAGAACUCCAACGACAUGACUGGCCAAGUCGGUCGGGUCGGCUCACUGGCCCUCAUCGGCUUCUCGAUCAUCACCUUCAUCAUGUCCGUGCUGCUGCCCUUCGUCGUCAAGAGCCCAGAGGGCGAAGAGCCGCCCUACACCGCGCGACCACCCGUCAAACUGGCAACAUUUGUGCAAAAAGCUGGGCAGUACAGGCCCUCGCUUCUCACUGCUUGGAUGAUCUCACAUAUCGUCUUUGCCUGCGCGAUGUGCCUAGCACCAUUCGUCGAGUCUUUACACGGUGCCACCUUGAUUAUCGGCGUGUGCGGCAUUUCCUGGGCAAUCAGCUGCUGGGCGCCCUUCGCCUUCCUCGGCGUCGAGAUCAACCGCCUGUCCUCAACAUCCACCUACGUGCCUCUUGGUCGAAACUCUGUCGAGCUCGAUGGACCGUCUACCCUGCACUUAGACCAGCCCGACUCGGAGCAGCAAUCUACAGGUGAAGGCUCGGGCAAAUACCUGGGCAUCAUGAACGUCUACACCACAUUGCCACAGUUCGUGGGGACGGGUAUCUCGUUUGUUGUUUUCUCGUUACUUGAGCCUGGGAAGAGCCCGGAACUCAGCGAUGCGCCCGAGGAGGAACAUCACAGCACCGAGGGCGUUAACGCGAUUAGUGUUUGUUUGUUUAUUGGUGCGUGCUGUGCGGUUGUCGCGGCUUUCACCACUGUAAGAUUAGGGAAGAUCGCCAGGUAUUGA